AUGCCGCCUAAAAUGGCCCGAAAGACAGCACCGGGAAGCGCACAAAAAGGCAAAGUGCGCAAGACAACCGCGGGCGGAGAUGGAACACCAACCAAAGCACAUAAAACGAAGGGAGGAAAGCAAUUAACAGUCGCAAAGACCAACACCAACGUCCAACCCGGAGAUCCAACCCCCACAGGCCGCCGACGCCGCUACAAGCCCGGCACCGUCGCAUUGAAAGAGAUUCGCCGCUACCAACGCUCCUACGACCUCCUCAUCGCCAAACUACCAUUCGCACGCUUAGUACGUGAAGUAGCACUCGACCUCCUCCCCGCGGACGUCGGCGCCGAGUUGCGCUGGCAGUCGCAUGCUAUCCAAGCUCUGCAAGAAGCCGCCGAGGCUUUCCUUGUUCAUCUAUUCGAGGAUACGAAUCUCUGCGCGCUGCACGCGAAGCGCGUUACUAUUAUGCAGAAGGAUAUCCAACUUGCGCGGAGAAUUCGCGGUGUUUGGGCUGGACUUGGUUGA